UCCAGUCCGGAAUGUGGGGUACGGCAUAGUGCGCCCCAUCGGGCCAUUCUCCCUGAGUGACGGGGUCAGAGUCGCUCAGACCUCAGCUGGCGGCAGCGGCAGCAAGGGGCCGAGUAGGGAGCGGGCGCGGCCAGGGGCUUAAAGCGUCCGUCCCCGGGCCCCCGGGGGGCUGGCGGCGGCCCGAUGGAGCCGCCCCCUGGCCACAGUAAGAAGGCGGAAGCCUCGGCCAAGGAGCUCGCCGGCAGGAAGCCGAAGGUGAAACAGAAAGGCGAAAACGGCGCCAACUGGAAAAAGCAAGCGGUUCCCGAGAUUGGACCCACCCACCUGCUGGACCUGCCCCUGGGGGGCAAGUUGCCCGUGUUCCCCGGGACCCGCAAUGUGUUCUAUACAACCAAUUUAUGCGAAAAGCUUUAUCAACCAUCUUAUGGUUUUAAUUUGAAUGAUCCAUAUUGCCGGCAUAUGGACACUAGCUAUAAAAGCCUACAUGAUCCACAUUUAAAAUCAUACUAUAAUCGAAAAGAUAUGCUGAAGAAAUUAAAGAAAGAUGGCUAUAUCACCAGCAACAAUAAAGUCACCUGUAGUUUGAAAGAAUUAAAUAAAUACAAGGAUUAUCUGACCAGUUUGAAAUUAGACUUUGAAAGAAACUAUAUACGAGAACAAAAAAUGCUUCAGAAACAAAUAAACAACUGUUACAAACUGAAGAAAUCUUACCAGCUUGAAGAAAAGGAACUAUUUCAAGACUGGUUGUUGGAAGAAAAAUCACAAGUAAGCCCAGGAAAGGAAGCUUUCUUAAGACAGAGAUAUAUAGACAUGAUUAAUACGGAACUACAAAAGAGGAAUGGAAAGGAAGAAAGACCACCCACAAGUUACAUGAAGGAGGAAGAAAACCAAUAUCAGGAAAACAUCAAAAAACAACUUGAUCUACACGAACAAAUUGAAGAGGAUUGGAAGGUGAAAGAAAUGUUGCUGCUCUCGAAGAUUGGAGAAGAAGUACAAAGAGAAGAGAGACUUGAGAAACAACGUCAAAAAACUAGAGAACAAGCCAAUUUGAAGAAACAACUGCUUCUAGAGAAAAGAAUCGCCUAUCAUUUACAAAAAAUGCAAAAGACCCCUUUUAAGAAGGAAGAGUCUAUGCCUAUAAGUACACUUGAGAAACAACCAUUGACUGCAGUGGAAGUUUCUCUACCAGUGAUGGAGAACAUAAGCAUACCUGAAAGCGAGAGCGAACAUCCACCAAAGAAAGAAUCAAGAAUUUCUCUACCAGUGAUGGAAAAUGUAAGCAUAACCGAAAGCGAGAGCGAACAUCCACCAAAGAAAGAAUCAAAAAUUUCUCUACCAGUGAUGGAAAAUGUAAGCAUAACCGAAAGCGAGAGCGAACAUCCACCAAAGAAAGAAUCAAAAAUUUCUCUACCAGUGAUGGAGAACGUAAGCAUAACCGAAAGCGAGAGUGAACAUCCACCAAAGAAAGAAUCAAAAACAUCGGUUCACCUAUCUGAAAGCUGUACAAAGAAGCUUGAAAAAAAAUCAACUUCCUUUUCUCUUCCAGAUAGGUAUGGAGAAAAAAGACAAAGUGUAUCUUUAAGUGAUGAAGGAAAUAGACGUUUUCCUUCUCACAUUGAAAAGUCAGAUGAUACCAUUAAAGAUCAGGUACCAUCUGAAUGUUUGACUGGAAGAGGGAGCAAGAAAUUAAGCUUCAACCUUGAUCCAGAUUAUAUACCUCAGACCUCUCAACAUCCAUUGGUUAAACAUCAUCAUUUGAAUCAAAAUCACUCUCGAGGAAAAAUUGCAAAUCGGAACUCAUUUCAGGACAUCAUAGAGCAUGACAUCUUCAAAGCAGAGUUUUUAAAAGAUGUCCGGGGCCAAAAACAUCACAUCAUUAAACCUAGAGCACAAGACAUCAAUCAGAACAUUUUCGGACAUUGGAGAGAGAACAGCUCUUCUGAUGAAGAAAUUGUGUUAAAGGAGGUGGUAAAGGAACUUCCAAAAGUCCGGUCUGAAGAUCAGAUAAGUAACAACUCAUUAGAAACAGCAGUGAUCACACCACUGUCGGCCAGGAAAACACGUUGGUUCCUUAGAAAAUCAGGGCACCCCAAUUCCAGCCUUACUGGAAUACAGCCAAAACCAUUAUCAAUUCCAUGGAAAGACUCCCAGGAAGAACAAACAAUCAAAGUUUUUUCUGCAGCUAAUUUGGAUGCCUCCACUGAUCUUGAUUAUUCAACUGGGAAAAGAUCACAACAAAAUGAUAAGUUCAUGAAAUCUAAUAUUGAACCAGCUUAUUGGGUAGGACAUAGAAAGGUGAAGCUGUCCUUCCCCAAAGAAAAGGAUCUGCCUUCAUUUCCUAGGGAUGGUGAUAAUCAACCUUCAGAUGCCACUGCCAAAAUAACAGAUGGCCUUGAAUAUUCAGAUAUGGAGGAUCCAUGUAAAAAACAGGCAGCCAACCUCUCUCAACCUGAAGACAAUCUGACCCAUGUGCAUGCUUCACAAGAAAAUAUCUCAGGAUCCUCUUCUGCAGUCAAACCUCAGUGAAGCUGAGAAAACUCGCAAAGAAGAUAAACCGGAGGAAUGCAAGAAAACUAUGUCCAACGUGGGCCAGCCAGCCCAGGAAAUGCCCAAACAGAGCCCCAGAACCUUCUCACUCCCAAACUGCCCCCUAUCUGCUGGACACCAUUGUUUAAGGACUGAGCCUUACUCACAAUUUAACUUGCAGAACACACAAGUUUGCAAGUUUUGUGACAGAAAUCUUGACCUGGGACAGGCUGCAAGCCUUAUCUCCCAGUAGUAUUGGAAGCAUGGCUCCUAUCAGAAUAUGCUGUUCUCAGCAUCAAUAUGUUCUCCGCAUAUAAGAACUAGAACCCAGCAACUUUAUUCUCCGUGCCAGGAUCCUCCUAUGAAGUCAGACCUCAGUGAAUCUGAGAAGUGUCGUGAAGAAGAGAAACCCUGGGAAUGCAAGAAAACUAUCUCCAAGCUGGGCAAGCCAGGUCAGGAAAGGCCCAAACAGAGCCCCAGAAGUUUCUCACUCCUUGCUGCCUUGUCUCUGGGAGGACAAAAUUGUUUGAGGACUGAGACUGAUUCA